GAUUAAUGGUAUAAACCAGUCGGAAUUGUAGUGGCACGUUUUGCAGUAGACGACUUCAGUAGUCUAGCCUCUGCAGUCUGUAGCCAUAGAGCUCACUGAGGUUGGCCAAGCUGCGAGUGUAUGCAUUCGUAAUAAAUUGUGCUCGCCAAAAUGAACCAGGAGCAAGCCCAAGAGAAGUUUACUGAGUUACUGAGUCAGAUCGAUCCUGCUCACUCAGCUCCGUUCAUACUGUGGAUCCAAAGAAGAUACCUCAUAGCGAACUGUGCUGGAGUGCACGUAGCAGAGGCGGUUCACAAAAUGUCGCAGAUAGCAGAAUACGUAAAGACGAUUAUUCCGGGAGAUGCAAUCCUUCCGUCCGAAAACAUAAUUCAGCCGACCAAAGGUGAGAACGCCGACUGCAGACCAGAAACAACUGUUCACGUUGACGCGUUCCUCUACACCGACUACGAUAUUGAUCAGUUGGUCGAGGAAGGGAAGUUGAGCCGCAAUUACUGCAAGGCGUGUGGGUCACGCGACGUUGCUCCACUGACGUUCAUCUCGCACUCGGCGUCGGGCCGAAGAGCGCAGUUCAUCUUCAGAGACAUGGUGCCCUACCUGGAGGGGAAAUCUGUUCUCGAUGUGGGGUCGAGGCUCGGUGUCAUGCUGUAUGCUGCUCAUGCAUUCACUCCUGCUAACCCUAUCAUUGGCAUUGAGAUAAACCCAGAUUUCUGUCAACUUCAGGAAAAUGUCAUCAAACAUUUUCAAAUGGAUGACAGGAUCAAGAUAAUGAACACCGACGUACGUAAUGCUGCCGACGUGGUCUCUGCCUCGGACGUAGUGAUCCUGAACAACGUCUUUGAGUUUUUCAUGCCUGAGCACGAGCAGGUCCAGCUGUGGCAAUUUUUGAGGAAACACAUCAAGCAGGGUGCCAUCCUUGUUACCGUGCCUAGCCUGGAAGACUCCCUCAAGGAACUAGAGACUGGGAUCGGCAUCUCGCAGUGGGUCAAGCAGCGCCACGUUACUGACCCCUUGGCCUACAGCUUCAUGGAGGACCACGACGAACUCUCAGAAGUGUGCACAUACGAGGUUCUCUAGGCUGCCGACAACUGUCGCAUUCAACGGCGCUUUCAGUGUUCGCGAUGUCGUGACUAGGGGAAUGUGAAAAUCAUAGCCAUUCCAGCUGAAUAGAGCAUUGUAUCACAUGCCACUUCUAAAGUUAACAGUUUGGGGAGAACACCCCGAUCCUAGCACCCGUUAAAGCGUACUGCGCCAUCUUCCAUUUGGUUAUGGAAUUACCAAUGUGCGAGUCGAGACGUCCUUACACACGCUUCAGUAAGACAUUGCUGCCGCCUUGAGUCACUUGGGAGCAUGGCCUCGCGGGGUCUGACUUUAUUCAUGAGCCCUGCAGAAUUAUGGAGAUUACCAACUUUUCUUCAGAGAUGUGUAGUAACUGAUUUAACAUUGGUUAUCUCGACGGGCAAAAAUUGCGCCGUUUGGACUGGUAUGCAUAAUAAUGACGUAGAGUGUCAAUCACCAGACUUGCCAUCAGUCGGUGGGAGAAGAAAAGUGAAGUUCUGUUUUCUAGGGCUGGAAGUAAAAAAAGAGACUGGGUAGCGACCUGCCUGGUAGAAAAGGCCCAGAUCUAUCCUACCACCUCCCUUUCUCUGAGCCUCAAUACAAAAAGAGCAGAAAGAGAAUGGCAAAAGUUACCAGGAGGGGGGGGGGGGAAAGAUGCAAGAGGUGCUGCAGCAUUUGGUGGGUGAUGCCAUUCUUAUCUUUGGGAACAGCUAGCCUCGACAACCAGAAGGAAAAUCAUUGGCGAUUGGUUAACGCCAACCUAACUACUAGAGCUCUGCGCGAAUAACAGUUUGAUCAUGUGCAUCCGAUCUGCAUCCCUUGUACCUGCACCAGAACCACAUUCUCUAUGUUUCUCAAUUAUUGAAUCUGCAUCCAAUCCGCAUGCACAUAUUUAGUUUCCGCAUCUGAACCACAUCCACAAAAUUUGGAACCACAUCCGACCUGCAAUUUGUGCAUUCAUGUUAGGUUAUGAAAUCAAGCGUGAAUGAAAAAAAAUUGGAUAUUACCUUAUAAGCCGUUUGCUUAUCUUUGUACAAAGAACUCUUCAAGCCAGCUAACUGUAAAAGUCAUUUUAUCGUAUUCCGUUUUAUUGUAUUUAUAUUACAAGCGAUCAUCCUUCCCAAAACGCUUCGUGCCGCUCGAAAGCUGAUCGCAGUUACGAGAUCGUCCAGGGAGUCUACGACAUUCUGCACAAAAGAUGCAGUAAAAAGGAAGGAAAUUUUUAUAUUUUUAUUUUUUUGCAAGUGCAUAUUUUUUAACAUUAAAAUAAAUGACAGAAGAAUAACUGUGAAAAAUUUGCUUUUGCAAUACCAUCAACGAUGCACUUUACAGUGCAACUCACUUAUUCACUACACUUUGCAAUCGCACGUUUAUGUGCCACCUCAGCAAAAAUGUAGAUCUGGAACCACAGAUAUCCACAUCCGUAGCCCCUGGCAUCUGCAUCCAAUCUGGCAAAUUUUAUUCAUUUUAUCCACAUUCGCCAGUUGGCUGCAAAUAUCUGUGGAUGAUCCAUGAGUAGCCCACGGAUUUGCAGGGUUCUGCUAAUUACCAUCUGAAAAAUAUUCGUUCGUCGUCCAGUCAUGAGAAAAAGAUUCAGCGUUGAUGGGACAGAGGAUAAUUACAGCUAUUGGCUCAAUUGUGUAGAUACACGGUGUUGUUUCUUUCCUGAUUCUAAUGGGAACUGUGGUAAUCCUUUCCUGCUUCCUCAGUCAGUCAACACCAAGCAUACACGCUACUGGCAUAGAACAGAAAUGGCCGUAGGAAUGCAAACUCUUAGCUUUGCAACCAGUAGACUUUGCUGUGCUUCAAGCUAGGGCAAAAAGAAGCAUAGUUAUGCUCUUCACUACAGCAGACAUGACCAUCAAAUCUGGUGGCUAGCACAACAUUCAAUUUCACUGUGACAGUGUGCAAUCUCGACGCAGUUAGUGAAUACUUUUGAGCUCACGACUGGAGGGAAACCGCCAUGUGCAUGCACCACUGACCCUUGGGAGAAAGAGUAGCGGGGGCCCUCAUUUUGAAUAAUUGGGUCUGCAAAGGUGAAGGCUGCUGAAGGGAAACCCAAAAUGGGAGUUGGCAAGUAUAUUACUCAUCACUGAAAUGACGAGGAAGUUAUCCACAUCCAUACUCCUACCAUAGAUAAGAUGGUAGUGUAGGAUCUUAAAUUACAGCAGUGUUGAUAGAUACUUUUAGCUUGAAAGCUUUUAAUAGACGUUUGCUUGUGGGAACUGAACCUCACUCUGCUUGACCCCAAAGCCCUUCACCAAUAGUUUUGUUUUACAUUAAGCGACAAGCCCACUUGCUUGCAAGGCCAAUGCCCAUGCAGCUCUUGGAAGAGCUACGUGGAACUUGGCUCUGAAAAGGCCGUAUUAUUUUUGACAAAUGGUUUUAUACUUCGUUUCAGCUGAAGUCCAGAUGCAGCCAAUGCUACAAGCAUGAGCAUCUGGUCCUGAACAGUUUGCAUUGCACAAGCUCGCAUGCUUGGCAAGGACGCUAAAAACCCGGAGCUCGCGCUUGUAGCAUCAGUUGCUUCUGGACUUAAGCUGAAACGAAGUACAAGUGAUAGUUGAAUGUGGUUGAACACUUCAAAUCGGCCAAUGGCUUGCACCACGUUUGUAAUUUCAACUGCUAGCAUUUAUCUAUUUUUGUACCUCAACCAAGAGAUUACCUUCUCUGCAAGCAGUGGCUGUUCUCUGAACUGCUGCUUGUAGCAGAAGUGGUCAGCACCUCAUUGAAAGUUUGCCAAUUGAGUUUAUAGAGUAACAGAGAUUUACAACUAUGCAGUUUUUAAACAUCUGGAUUGCCAUUUUCAGUAUGAUAAACUAAAUGCCGAUGAAAUUCGCUCACCUGUCCUCCGUUAGUUGCUCCACCCUCUCAUCGCGUUCCGCCACGACUGAAACAGUGGACCAGCUUUUUGCUCCCGCCCUUGAAGACUAAUGGAACUUGAAGUGCCAAGGUGCAAGCGGUUGCAGUUUAGUGGCACCCUCUAAUAUGUUGUUGCCAUAGAAGCAAGCAGCUCAGAACUGUUGACAUGUUUGCCUUUAGCAUGCUUCUGUGAUAUAAGGUUGCAAUGUUGCACUAGUGAAAUGCAUAUAUUUUAUGCACAUGCAUUGUUUGUUUGUACUUCGCUGCUAAAUGCAAUAAAAGCCAUGUCAAACAUAA